UCGCCGUGAAAGGGAGAGUGAGGCUGAGGGUUCGACGGUUCUUUGCAUUUAAUUCCAAUGCAGAAAGCCUCUUCCUACGGGAUGCUUUGUUCAGUUCCGCCGACGCUCCGGCACUGGGUUGUCACAGAUCCUCGGUGUGUUGGCAUGUGAUGACGUUGCAAGCUCGGGCUGCAGAAGUGAAAGCUUCCUCAAACGCCGCAUCUCGGCUCAUAGUCCACACUCAGCGGCGGGGCAGUGCUCUGGGGCUCUCUCUUCUCCUGAGUGGCGACAGGAGAGGCUGCUGAAUGAAAUGCAGCUCAGCCUAACCCGAAGACUUUAAUUUUCGUCAGCAUGGUAUCCAUCAGUUGAAGCUUCUUCCAUUUUAGUAACGUUGAUGAUUAUUGCUUUUUGGAGAAAAGAAGACUGGAGAAAAUUUGAAAGAGAUGUACAUGUACCAAACUGACAGGGAUAGUUUUCCUAUCUGUGGACCUUCUGGGAUGUGGAAAGAAACUGGAGAACCUGGAAGAAGUCCACAGAAAGAUUGUGCAACCUCCAGGGACAGUACCCAAGGAUCAUAUUAUGAAUCUUUAUUAUUGGACAUGUUAUUUCACUGGGGAGCAAGUUGGAAGAGGACCUUUUCGUUUCAUGGAUGUUUAGUGUUCACCAAAAAACGAACAUUGACGCAAUUGACCUGUGAUUUCUUAAUACAGCAGUUCUGGCCAAAAGGAAUUUCCUCAAAAAUGUGGACUCCUCUUAGUCUGUUUCUUUAUGUGUCAAUUUGCUUUUUAACUGAGAGCUCAAUGUAUAAGUUACAAGAUAGUGGAAUCAAGGUACUAAAAUUCCUACCUGUCAGUGAUGGAGAAGAAUGUAACAGAACUUGUGAAUUUGUUACUGACGAAGAUGGCUUGAAGUGUAAUUGGGUGGUGAUAGAAGAAGAUCAAAAUCUCUGUUUUUAUUUACGCUGUCUGGAUAUAUCAGUCUGUAAAGAAGCAGCUGUGAAAGCUGUUAAGGAUUUGCAAAUAGGAAAAUAUUCACCACUCAAGAAUUUGCACCGUGCGCGAAGGGGUGUAAGAAAUAUUGCAAAUAAGACUGUGCCAAAUGCAGAUAACUCAUCGUCAGUCAAUUACACAAGCGACAAUAAAACAGGGUCAGCAGCCGUCACCAAUUCAAGUACAAAGUCAAGUGAAGUUUCCAACACGAACACCACUAAGAUUACCGCAACAGUGUCAGCAGCAGGCAAACAAUUUACUGUUACCAGUUCCAGUACUUCACCCUCCUUACCAAGCUUGACCAUGACGACAACAGCAGCCCCAACAACAAGCAACUCAAUAACAACCAUUGCUGAAGUGUCAUCAAUAACUACAGCAUCAACUGCAAAUUUUUCAGUAGUGUCCAGCCCCCAUGAAAGUACUACAUCAAUUAUUAAUAGUAAUAAGACUACACCAGUUCCAACAAGCAAACAUGAGUCAUCUGUGACACCAACUAAUAAGUUAAAGGGUACUACAACUUCCCUUCGGUCUACCCCAAUUACUACACCAAAAACAACCCAAUCUUUGACCACACAGUUAACCACUGUAACCCCAAUGGAAGUUUCUACAACAAAGCUAAUCCCAGACACAGAGCAAAAGCAGACAUGGACCAGUGCAAGCACAAUCACCGGAGGAGUGUCACAGUCACCAAAAACAAAAAGCAGAACUACGAUUGCUUUCAGUAAUGGGAAGAGUUAUGUCUUUCCUUCAGUGCCUGCCGGAGCUCUAAUCAAAUAUUUAGCUGACACAAGCUCAUUAAUGGCCAUUCUAAUAUUUGGAGUAUUGUUUUUCUUAGUGAGUAUUAUAUUGUUUGCACAUAAAGCAUUUGAAAGCUAUAAAAGGAAGGACUAUGUGCAAGUCGAUUAUCUAAUAAAUGGAAUGUAUGCAGAUUCAGAUAUGUAAAAAAAAUCAUGAAGAAUAUAGGAAACGUAACACUGUUGUUAAAAUACUGGGACUGUUUCUUUCAUUAAACCAAGCACAUUCUAUAAAAUAUAACGUAGAUCAACUGUAAUGUGCCAUAAGUUGAGCAGUACUGCCUUAUUCUGGAACUUCUGAAGAGUGUCUGGAGGAUCAGUGAAUUGAGAAAUCAUUGUGAAUUUAUGAUAUAGCUAACAUCAAUAUAAUUAUUUUGUAAGUUGCACUGUUUGGCUCUAACUAGCUUGCAACAAAAAAACUCCUUAAGCCACUGUUUAAAACAAAGUCACUCUGGUGUAUUUUUGAUUCAAAGGGAAUUUUGCAAUAAAGUAAGUUUUUUCAAUGAGAACAAUUCAGUAAUCUAAACGUUUCGAGCAAUACAGUUGCUAGAAUUGUGCCAUUGAACAUAAAGCCAUGUUCUAUUGUUGCAAGGUACCACUAUGCAGUUUCUUGCCUUAAAAUUUAAUUUUUUUAUCUUAAAUUUCUGAAAUUUAAUAUCUUUUUGGGCAGUGCUUCUGUAUAAUUCUGAGAUACCUGGUAUUACUUCAUCGUAUCACUAUUAAACAAGUUCCAAUGUAUCCAUUA